AAAGUCCGAGGAUUGUGUGGAUCCGAGGAGGCGGAGUGUGCAUGAGAAGGAAUCCGUUGCAGCAGCUGGUGGAAGGACUUCGCGAAGAAAAAAUGGUGUGAUUUUUGGGUGGAGUCAUCGCUCGAUUCUUUCACCUCGACCAUUGGCAGAUCAAUAGUACCACCUCAGCGGCAACAGCAACGCCUACCGCAGCAGUAGCUCCCUCCUCUGCAUGUGUGAGCCCCCAUCGAUGAACACAUGAGUGUGGAGAGGAGGGAAGGAAAAAAAAUAAUUUAAGAAGAAAUCUUCUGUCAAAUUGUGCAUUUGUGUGAGACUUUGUGUAUCAAGGACGCUACGAUGGAGCGAUUUUUACUGCUUCUCCUUGCCCUGACGACGAUCUUCGCAAUGCCAGCCCUCGGCAGUAAGUCUUAUGUGGUGUACAUGGGAGGUCGGAGCCAAAACCUUCAGUCAGCCUCGGCAAGUCACCACCAGAUGCUCUCAACGGUGAUGGACAGUUCUGAAGCUGCAAGUGAGGCCAUGAUGUACGUAUACCACCAUUUUCAUGGUUUUGCUGCCAAACUGACUCCGGAACAAGCUGCCACGCUGGCUGAGCGCGACGAAGUGGUGUCUGUGUUUCCCAACAGGAAGCACAUUCUGCACACCACGCGCUCCUGGGAGUUUCUCGGACUGGAGGACAGUGAAGGGAAGCUAACCCCCAAUUCUCUCUGGAACAAGUCGAACUUUGGGAAGGACGUUAUCAUUGGUGUCCUCGACACCGGUGUAUGGCCUGAAUCUGCAAGCUACCGUGACGAUGGAUUUGGUCCCAUCCCUGCAAGGUGGAAAGGAGAAUGUGUUGCCGGAGACGAGUUCAAUGCCUCAUACUGCAACAGGAAAUUGAUUGGAGGAAGAUUCUUCAUCCGAGGGUAUGAGUCUGAAGAGGGUCCACUGAACACAACCAGGACAGGAGACUUUCGCUCUGCCAGGGACAUGGAUGGUCAUGGUACUCACACUUCAUCCACAGCAGGGGGUAAUUUCGUAGAAGGUGCAAACACUUUGGGCUUUGCAAAAGGUACGGCUAAGGGCGGAGCACCUUUGGCGAGGGUGGCAAUGUACAAAGUAUGCUGGCCUAGUACGGCAGGAAGUGGAGGAUGUUAUGAUUCAGAUAUUCUUGCAGCAUUUGAUGCCGGAAUUGAAGAUGGUGUGAUCAUCUUCUCCGUUUCUCUGGGAACAUCUCCCCCACUCCCUGCCUUCUAUGAGGAUGGUAUUGCAAUUGGAUCCUUCCACGCCAUGGAGCAAGGCAUCACAACGAUUGCCUCCGCCGGUAACUCUGGACCUACACCGGGCACUGUGGCCAAUGUGGCCCCAUGGAUGAUCACCGUGGCUGCAUCCAGUAUCGAUCGUGAUUUUACCUCUUACGUCACCCUCGGAAAUAACGUGACCUUGAAAGGAGAAAGUCUGGCGAAUGAGAAAUUGGAAGAUAAGUUCUAUCCUCUGAUCGAUUCAACGACGGCAUUUGCGGCCGAUUCAAAUGCUUCCCAGAGCCAAUUGUGUCUCGCUGGUUCUUUGGACCCUGCUAAAGUGAAGGGAAAGGUCGUGGCCUGCUUGCGAGGAAUUACCGCUCGAGUAGACAAGGGAGAACAAGUGAAACUAGCAGGUGGAGUUGGACUCAUCUUGAUAAAUCCUCCUUCGAGUGGCAAUGAACUGGUUUCAGAUCCCCAUGUCCUGCCAGGUCUCAACCUUGGGUCAGCCACUGGUGAUGAGGUUUACAAGUAUAUCAGCUCAACGAAGAGUCCUGUUGCAAGACUUAUUCCAGCAACCACUGUUCUAGGAGUGAAACCCGCCCCAGUUCUGACAGCAUUUUCGUCUCAAGGACCAAAUACACUCGUACCCGACAUAAACAAGCCAGACAUCACUGGACCAGGAUUGAACAUUCUGGCAGCAUUUACCGAAGCUAUUUCCAUCACUGAUCUUCCCUCAGAUAACAGGGUUGUGAAGUUCAAUAUCAUCUCAGGAACGUCUAUGUCAUGCCCGCAUGUUGCUGGUGUGUCUGCCUCCUUGAAAGCUCUUCAUCCCAACUGGAGCCCUGCCGCUAUUCAGUCAGCCAUCAUUACCACAGCUUCGACGAUGGAUAAUCAGGAUAAACUGAUCAAAGAUUCAACACUCAAAGCCAGCAACCCUUUCGGAGUCGGAGCGGGCCAAGUGAAUCCGAAUAGUGCUGCCGCUCCAGGAUUGAUCUAUGACAGAUCUUACGUGGAUUACUUUCCUUUCUUCUGCGCAUUGAGCUAUACCAGUGCCCAAAUUAGAUCCAUCUCGGGUGAAGGUUAUACGUGCCCAACAUCGAAACCCCUUGUCAGCAGCCUCAACUACCCGAGUCUUACAGUCUCGAGCUUAAGAUCCCAGCAGAUUGUCAUGAGAACGGUGACUAACGUGGGUUCGGCGAACAGCGAGUACACUGUAAGCAUCACCUCCCCUCCUGGAACAAAGGUGGUCAUUUCUCCAUCGACGCUCAAGUUUUCAGCUUUGGGCGAGAAAUUGAGCUUCAUGGUGACCAUUACCAAGGUGUCUGAUUCUCCGAGGUACGGUUUUGGCUCGUACACCUGGAGCGAUGGAACCUAUUCAGUCAGAAGUCCCAUCACUGUCAAAACUGCAGCAAGAACAGUAUAAUUCUUGCUGUGCAUAGUAUAAUUCCUUGAUAGAAUAGACCUCAGAGUUUAUUCCGUGUAAAAUGCUUGAAAUCCCUCAGUCUCAUGGUUUAAGGAUGAUGUGAAGUGUCACUCCAAGUGUACAUUUUGUUUGAAGUAAAACUCCAUAGCUAAAGCUUGUCUUACAAGCACUCUCCUCCAUACUCUAAC